ACGUUCCGCCCGCGCAACCUCUAGGACAUCUGAACGAGGAGCCAGGCUCCCAGGACCCGAGGAGAGGCUCCCUGCAGUGGCGAUGGAUCGGCGACGGCGAGCAUCGCUGGCUCUCACCCUGAACUUCAUCGCGCUGGUCUUCGCUGUGUUCGCGCUCUCCACCAGUUACUGGUGCGAGGGCACGCGGAAAGUUGCCAAGCCCGUGUGUACUGGCCCGGUACCAGUACGACAGUCGCACUGCAUCCGAUACAACAGUACAAGCAUCAACGACAGCCGACACGUCCAGUAUAUCUGGGAAACUGGAGAGGACAAGUUUGUUAUGAGGAAGUUCCACAGCGGCAUAUGGUUUUCUUGCGAACAGAAUAUCGACUUGAUAGGUGAGAAAUGUCGAAGCUUCAUAAAUGUGCCCCCCCCUCAUGAGAGAGGAGUCUUAUGGCUGUGCAUCGUGGCUGAGUGUUUGUAUAUUCUGCUCCUGGCCACCGGGGGAAUCCUCAUGUCCAUCGAGGUCUGCCAUUUUGGGAACGUCAUCGAUGGUCUGAAGCUGAACGCCUUUGCCGCCAUAUUUACAGUAUUGUCAGGCCUUCUAGGGAUGGUAGCACACAUGAUGUACACGACAGCCUUCCAGCUCACUGUGAGCCUGGGCCGUGAGGACUGGAAACCCCAGAGCUGGGACUACAGCUGGUCCUACAUCUUGGCCUGGUGCUCAUUCACCUCUUGCAUGGCGUCUUCGGUGACCACAAUCAACAGGUACACCAAGACCAUCCUGGAGUUCAAGCACAAGCGCCGCAACAUCGAGAAGAACCUGAAGAUCAAGCAGAAGCUACUGGAACUGGACACCCCCGAGCAGGUUUGGGACAUGUACAUCAGCACCGUCCCCAGCGCAGCCGAAGAGAUGCUGGACCUGUCCAGCUCGGGACGCAAGCUCUCCGAGAGCUCAGUCUUCCUGGACCUCAAUGACAUGGUGGAGCAGGGGGAGGAGUACUGUUAAAGCCAGCACUAAACCCCGCCCACCGUCGCUCCACACCCACAGUCCACGGCAAACAAUGUAACCUUCCACCGCUUGGCACUGCCACACGUUGUUAAUGGACUGAACCUGGCCUCACACUGCAGUGGGGCCUGUGACCUAGGAGAGCCUCUUGUCCAGUUCCUCUGCAGAGGUUAACAAACUGUGUUCUUUACGUUGGUUUUUAUGUACUGUUCUGUAUGGUUCGAUGCUGUGGUUAUUGAGUUCAUAUUAUUGCAUUGAUAUAUGCUUGAGUAUGAAUAUUUUUUGGCACCAACACUGGAAUAUUCAUCUUGUUUAAAACAUCAAAGUGUUUAUGAAAUCUUUUCCCUCUGAUCAUUUGAAACAUGCAAAAAAUGUAUUAAAAUGCUGCCAGAUGUCUACAGAGCACUGUUUCUCAAGAUUAUUCCAUUUUUGGAUGACUUGAUAUGGUACAUCACUGGUUUUCAGAUGCAUAAAGAUACUUGCUUGAGUGCCUUUGCUUGUGGUGUUGGUUUUUUAACCAUAGCAUGCCAAUAACUGAAAAGACAUUUCCAGUAAUGUGGCAGAAUUUUAGGAUAUUGGUUAUGUUCAUAAUUCAUUUCACCAGUCAACAGUAUUUUUUAAUGCUUUCUUUCCUAGUUGAACCAUUUAUUGGUUAACUGUUUUUAUUCAGUAAAAAAAAAAAAGUAUAUACAGUUGGAGGACCAUACAUUAAAAAAUGUAUGAAAGGUAGAAUUUAUUAAUAACUGUGGAUUGUAAAUGUUUGUUUCGGAUUACUGAAUUUCUAAAAAUAACAGUGCUAAAAUGUUACUUUUAUUGUAUGAUCAUGUGGCUAUGUGAACAUGUUAUAUUUCUACAUGGGUAGAAUGUAGGAGAAAUGUUUUAAAGCUAUUUGGAGCUAAAUGCUACUACAUAUAUUAUAGUAAUGUUCAUAAAGUUUUUUUUAGCCGUGUGAACUGAACUGAGCUCGGUUGUGAAAAUGUGAAAGUGAAGGACAUUCUCCAAAGUGAGCAAUCACUAUUUUUACGCUCUACUUGAAUGACUUCAUUGUCACACUUAACUGACCUUGUGUGGAUAUUUUUAAAUGAGUCAAGCGUGCAUCACAUGUUUUCCAACAAUGAUCAAAAUGUUUAUGAGUGUGUGCUGGAAAAAAAAAAUCUUUCCAUUAUGUGCAGUAAUUGUGUAAUGUUUAAUCAAAUCACAUAUUUUGACUAAAUGUACUUGUGUCAUGAGCCAACAAAUUCAAUACCGUAGUUGCUAUGACUAUGACGCUUUAAUUGUGUUAAGUGGAUGUCCGCUGAAAUGGCAUUGUUCCUUGUUCUUUUUUACCUGUCUCUAAAAUGGGUUUAUUUUUGUAUGUAUUUUAUGUUUUUUAUUUUGUGAUUUUGUUUACACUGGAAAAUUCUAAAUUGAACUCAAUGAAUAGCAGAUGUCUUUUCAGACAUCAGUUGGGAAAUACAAUGUUACAAUAAAAUAUUUUGAGU